AUGACGACAAUGGAUCUUCGCGUCGGCAACAAAUACCGAAUCGGUCGGAAGAUCGGCUCUGGAUCGUUUGGCGACAUUUAUCUGGGUACCAACAUCAUCUCUGGGGAAGAAAUUGCCAUCAAAUUGGAGUCUGUGAAGGCAAAGCAUCCUCAGCUUGAGUACGAGGCACGCGUGUACAAGUCGCUAGCCGGCGGCGUUGGCAUUCCAUUCGUUCGAUGGUUCGGAACUGAAUGUGACUACAAUGCUAUGGUUCUUGACCUCCUCGGGCCCAGUCUGGAGGACCUGUUCAACUUUUGCAACCGCAAGUUCUCGCUAAAGACGGUCCUCCUUCUCGCCGAUCAGCUCAUCUCUCGCAUCGAAUAUAUCCACGCAAAGAGCUUCAUUCAUCGAGACAUCAAGCCUGACAACUUCUUGAUGGGCAUCGGAAAGCGUGGAAAUCAAGUCAAUGUCAUUGACUUUGGUCUCGCCAAGAAGUACCGCGACCCAAAGACUCACUUCCAUAUUCCUUACCGCGAGAACAAGAAUCUUACUGGUACCGCCCGCUACGCCUCAAUCAACACUCAUCUUGGCGUGGAGCAAUCUCGCAGAGAUGAUAUGGAGUCUCUGGGCUACGUCAUGCUUUAUUUCUGCCGCGGUUCUCUUCCGUGGCAGGGACUGAAGGCUGCUACCAAAAAGCAAAAGUAUGACCGCAUCAUGGAGAAAAAGAUGACGACGCCCACCGAAGUCCUUUGCCGCGGCUUCCCUAACGAAUUCGCCAUAUAUCUGAACUACACCCGCUCUCUCCGCUUCGAUGAUAAGCCGGACUACAGCUACCUUCGCAAGAUCUUCCGUGACCUCUUUGUCAGAGAGGGCUUCCAGUACGACUACGUCUUCGACUGGACUGUGUACAAGUAUCAGAAGAAUGCUCAGGCUAUCGCCCAGGCUGUUGGUCAAGUCGCCGACGAUGACGAGAAGGCACGCGCUUCACGAGUUAACGCCACUGCGGCCACACCCUCGGGUGCUGCCAAGCCUGGUGCUAUCCCCAGCUCUCGCCGCAAGAUGCUUGAGCGUGGAUCCGGUGCUGGCGUUGACACACCAGACACCAGCCGCGCCAUCGGUGGAAGCGAUAGGAUGUGA